CAAUUUUUAUUUACAAUAUUCAGUUCUCCGUAGUUUAUAAAAUACGGUUCUAUCAUCAUUCAUAGCCCGAGUCCCAAUCGCUGCAAAGGAGCCUACGCCCCGGGGAAGCUUCUAGGGUUUUCCUCUGAUCAUCUCCUCCUUCCCACCUGCUUCAGAAGGCGGUUUCUACUUCUAAGGAGUUGCUUGCACUGUUCUUCUUUGAAUGGUUUCCUUCCUAAGAUGAAAAUCAAGGCUGCUGAGCAUAUUCUAAAAAUCUGUUGAGCUGUUUAAAAGAGCGUGAACCAAAAAAAUGGAUGAUGAUAAUGGGCUCGAGCUCAGCUUGGGUCUCUCUUGUGGAGGAGGAUCAGUUAAGGGUAACAUUACUAAUAACGCUGGAACCUCCUCCUCGGAGAAGCACAUAGUAGAAGGAGGAGAUAGAAGUGCUAAAGUGAUUGAUGACUUCAAGAACUUCCUUCAUCCAACUUCUCAGAGACAAGCGGAGGCGAGUGCUGGUUCUCAGAGUCAGAGAAGUGAUUCUGGUCAACAGCAACAACCUCCACAGAAUUUCUUCAAUGAUCUCUCCAAGGCUCCUCCUACCUCUGACGCUGAAGCUUCCACGAAACCUUUGUGGGUGGAGGAUGAAACAACACGACAAGAAGCAGGAAACAAAAGAAAGUUUGGGUUCCAGGGGAUGAACGAUGAGAAGAAGAAAGAGAUAGACUCCUCCUCACGUGUUGUUGAUCCGCACGAGAAGAAGACAAAAGCAUCCCAUGUUUCAAACGCUACUGAUGAAGGAUCAACAGCUGAAAACGAAGAUGUAGCAGAAUCUGAAGUAGGUGGUGGUGGUUCUUCUUCCAAUCUAGCUAAGGAGGUGGCUCGUCCUAACGCUGAUGCAAUGGACAACUUAGCGGGCCAAAGGAAGAACAGCCAUGGCGCUGAAGAGUUUACUACAAUGCGCAACAUGAGUUACAACACCGUACCUUUCACUGUUCAUCCACAGAAACCCGUCACUGGUUUACCUUACUCCGCAAAAGAGUCUGGACAACAUGCAGCAGCUACAAGUCUAACACAGCUUACUGCUAAUGCUGGGAAUAAUCUCCCAGUUAUGUUCGGAUACUCACCGGUUCAGCUCCCUAUGCUGGAUAAGGAUGGCUCAGGCGGCAUUGCUGGCCUAUCUCAAUCUCCAUUCGCUGCAAGAGGCCCAUCAAACUCAGCUACGGCGAAAGGCGAGGGAAAACAGCCCGUUGCAGAAGAAGGCUCAUCAGAGGAUGCAUCAGAACGACCAUCCGGAGACAACAACAACAGUACUGCUUUCUCUUUCGACUUUUCCGCCAUAAAACCUGGAAUGGCAGCGGAUGUGAAGUUUGGAGGAUCUGGUGCACGUCCUAACCUGCCCUGGGUCUCAACCACUGGCUCAGGCCCGCACGGUCGAACAAUCUCGGGUGUUACAUACCGGUACAAUGCAAACCAGAUCAAAAUAGUUUGCGCUUGUCACGGCUCACACAUGUCGCCGGAGGAGUUUGUCAGGCAUGCAAGCGAGGAGUAUGUUAGCCCUGAGUCAUCUGUAGGAAUGACGGCUGCCUCGGCUCAUACCUGAAAAGUCGCCGGAGAAGUGUCUUAUAUCGUUGUAAACAAAUGGAACAAGUGGUUUGUAAUGAGUUUCUUAUGGGAAGGUGUACUCUUUUAAGGCCAAAGUUUUAUUGGAGCUUCCCACUAUGUUAGUGUAAUCUCUCUGUUUCUUUUGUUCCUCUUUUCAGCUUUUGUCACUUCACUUUUGUGUAUUACCAUUUAGUUUUGUAUGAUUCUCUCUAUUUUGUUUUUGGGUUCAAAACUUCAAAUAAAUAUUCUGAGAAUUUAGUUUUGGAA